AUGAAGCCUUAUCCAUACAAGAGAGAGCCCAAGAGGCAGAAAAAGGAUCCGACCGAUUUCAUGGAGAUUUUUGCCAAGCUUGAGGUCAACUUGUCUUUCCUGCAAGCACUGAAGCUACCUUCGUUCAGCAGGUUUAUCAAAGAUUUCUUAGCUGGAAAAGCAAAGGCCGAUGGGAAGAUCGUGAUUGGAGAAAUUUAUAAGAGACUGACUGGAGUCAGACUAGUGGAUACAAAGGUGGUCAUCCAGCUCGCAAAUAAGUCAUGUAUCAGUCCCGAAGGGGUAUUGGAGAAUGUGUUAGUGAGGGUACAAGAUUUCCUUUACCCUGCAGAUUUUCAUGUGAUUCGUAUGACAGAGUCUGAAGCCGGUAAGUCAAGUGGAGUAUUAUUGGGGAGGCCAUUCUUGCAGACUGCAAAAACUAUAAUUGAUGUAAGCGAUAGUACAAUUUGCUUGGACUAUCAUGGGGAGAAAUUCACUUUCAAUAUUGAUGAAGCUAUGAAGAAACCAUUGUAUAUUGAAAAACUGCAUUCUUUAGAUGUGAUUUACCCAUUAGUCCAAGAAUUUCUUGAGACUGAACUUUUGCAGGAGCAACGUGCAGCUGCUGAACUGAACAACUCAAUUGAAGGGGAAGUCGCUGAGUGGUGCGAGACACUUAUGACACAGAACUUGACUGAUGAGGAGAUAAAUAAUGCAAUAAUGGGGUUUUGUCAGAAGUCAAAUUCUACUAGAUCAAGUGACCUCGCCCAACUGAGCAGUAUGGAGAAAUUACUAGAUUCUGGAGAACUUGCAGCAAAGAACAUGGAAAAGAACCCACUACCUCAAGACGCGAUCUCACCUAAGAAGGAGCUGAACACAUUGCCUCCAGAUUUGAAGUAUGUUUAUCUGGAGAAGAAGAGACGUUUCCAGUAA